CGUACCCCCCAAUAGCAGCGCCUAUGUUCCGGGGGGAGUUUGAGGAUCUCAUCCCCCCUUGGAAUCCUAGCGAGACCUCUGCUGGGGCGGCUGCUGCGCCUUCUGCGCCCCCUCCCCCGGAGGCUAUGGAGGUUGAUCCAGCUACAAUACCGUUACCGGAGGAGGCAAAGGCGUCCCCCCAGAAUCCUCUUGUCGACGAGCUGCGGUUACAACGAGAGCAGAUGGCUAAGUUGCUGGGGGCAAUGCAAGAAAUAGACUCUAAAGGGGGGAAGGGUAAACUGCGGGAGUUAUAUGAGAAAGCAGCCAAAGCAGUACAACAAGGGAUACAAAAUAUAGAGGAGCAGCUUAAUAAGCAGGAGGCGGUUGCAUGGGGAGGCAGAGAGGGAAUCAAACAAGCCAUCCUGCAGCGCCAAUUGACGAUAGAGGAAGGGCAGCAGUUGAUACGGCAGCUUCUAGGAGCACCAGAGGGGCUUACUACGGGAGAAAAAGAACAACUGCGAAGGGCAUUAGACGGAGGCAGAGAAGAUAUAGACGUCCGUAGGAGACUGCCUUUUGAGAGGCGCGGGCCAGACCCUUUUGAUAGGCGUGGGCCAGAUGGAGCACGGGGCCCUCCGCGAGAUGAUUCCUUUGAUCCGACCAAGCGCUGGAGGGGACAAGAACAGCCUCGGUGGAUACCGGCUCGGUGGGUAAAGCCCUGGCUCUCCAAAGUGGAUGCAGCAGCCGCCGGGGAUAGCGAUACAAGAAGCGAUCCGACAGCUUGACGAAACAUCACGACAGCGAAUACAACAAAAGGUUGCCUUAGUACAACAAAGACUGCUGCGCUCGAUAGUGGCGAAGGAGGCCAGUGGAUGGUAUUACCACCAAGAACCGUCAGUGCAUAAUUGUUUGUGCAUUCUUGACUUACUAGCGGUGACUGUUCGCAAAGGGUGGGAUGAACAGCCUUGUCUGGUAUGCCAAAGUGAGCUCUGUUUUUCCUGGGUUGCUCUAAAGUGUGGGGGUUGUAAUCACAAAAUUUGGUGGAAUCAGACAUUAGUCCAUAGGAAAUGGUGUCCAAGGUGUGAAUAUAAAUAUCAAGCUAAAACGUGGGAGCAAGAGCUUUUCCGAAUUCAACAGCGGCAAUUACACUUCGAAUCACUAGAACAGAAAAUAUUAGCAUAUUGUAGGUGGGCAUUAGAGCUGGAAAUACACCGCCUAGAAAGUCAAGAGAAAACACACAUACUUCAAGCGCGGUGCAGUCGAAAAGUACCCCUUAGAUUUUUUACAUCAGUAGGGCCCUUCAAAGGAAGCCCUGACAAAGCGUUAGCAGAAGCAGUUCAACAGCUUGUUAGACAUGAAGGGUAUUAUAGCAUUGCUCGUGUUGCUCGCUUCUGGCGUCGCCUCUUGGCUAACGAAAAUUGACCAAAGGCAGAACAUGUGGAUUACAUGGGCUAACCAGACUAAUUUAACAUCUUUCUGCCUAUCUUUGGCCACACCUUCUGACCCAUUUCGCACUUGUCUAUUGGGUGUACCCUUUCAGUCAUACAACGACCUUUUAGUGAUGCGAGGAUGGAUAAGUCCCGAGGUUCCCAUGCCCCGCAAUGAAAGCCAAUUCAUACUUCAACAUUGCAAUUUUGCAGCAAGCCUUAGCAAUAACAAGAGCACAUGGGGAAAUAAGACAUGGUGUCAGAUACAGAUUAAAUUAAGAAACGGAAAUGGUUUAGCCUUAUACCAAUGGGGUCUUGCACUGUGGACACGUAAAAUAGUGAUAAAUCUAAAUCGUGCUGGUUUGGAACCACAAGAGUUAGAACUGUUGGGCUCUAAGCCAGGGAAUUAUUGUGUUGUAUUCGGAGACCAUUAUAAUAAUCCAGAACACAAGCGCCCGCUUAAUAACAGUGUGAUAGUAACCCCCUCUAAUGUUGAGAUCUACAAUUACAGCAUAGGAAGCCCCUAUUGCAUAAACGGAGUAGACUUUAUCUCUAAGCUUAACAAAUCCCCACGUCGCUUACCCCCUGCUGUGUUUUUAGUCUGCGGGGACAGGGCCUGGAACGGCAUUCCUGCUAACCCAUGGGGAGGCCCCUGUUGGUUAGGCAAAUUAACUUUGUUUUCCCCGCAACUAAAAGACUUACAAAAUGUUACCAGAUCACCCAAAAGACACAAAAGGAGUAUAACCAUGCUGGAUCAAAACUGCAACUCUCACUUGCUUUUGUGGAAUUCCCCCAUCCAAAUCUUGGCUUCUAUCUUUGCUCCUCAUGUUUCUGCAGCUCAUGCGUUGA